AUGCCUACUUUGAAUGAGGACGUACCAGAAAUGGACCGAAAGUCAACGGACAAGAAUGAUGCUGCUCUGGAAGCGACCACCAACGUUGAAGUUGGGGAGAUUCUAGCGUCAGAUUACACAGAGCAACAGUACAAGAAACUGACACGGAAGAUCGACUAUUACCUCAUGCCCAUGAUGUUCUUCUUCUAUGGGAUACAGCAAACAGACAAGACUUCAACGAGUAUUCAGGCAUUAUUUGGAAUGGAGGAUGAGUUGAAAUUACAUGGCCAACAGUAUCAAUGGCUGACCACAAUUUUCUAUCUCACAUAUCUCAUCGGGGAAUUUCCCUCUGUAUAUCUUCUGCAGAGGUUCAAUGGUGGCCUUGUCCUCUCCAUCUAUAUGACAUGCUGGGGGAUAUGCCUCAUCUGUAUCAGCGCCGUACAAAACUGGUCUCAAUUGAUGGCACUCCGCGCCCUUCAAGGGUUCUUUGAGAGCAAUAUAUCCCCCGGCUUCCUCCUCAUUACUGGUCUCUGGUACCGGACCGAAGAACACGCCAACCGCUCCCUCUUCUGGCAGUCAUCCGAGGGCUUCUUCUCCAUUGUCUGCAACCUGAUCUUAUACGCCAUCGCGCGACAUGUUGAAGCCCAUGGCGGUAUAGCAGCUUGGCGAUGCAUCUCCUUAUUUCUGGGCUCUCUUACCCUGGCCGGCGCAGUAGCCGCCUUCUUCCUGCUCGGUUGCCCGCAUGAAGUGCGGUGGUUGAAUGAUGAUGAGAAACGCAUGGCAACCGCCCGCACACUGAAGAACCAGACAGGCCAGGAUACUACAGGUAAACAGUGGUCCUGGCCACAAGUCUAUGAAGCCUUUAAAGACCCUCAAUUAUACUUUUCAUUUGCCAAUUCUUUCCUUGCAAAUAUCCCCAACGGCGGCAUCACGACUUUCAGCUCCCUCAUGUACGAGACAUUUGGCUUUAACGACUGGCAAUCCAUGCUCUACGGCUGUCCCCGGAACGCUAUCUACGUAGUCGUCUUCCUCAUCGUUGGCCUGUACACCCGCAAGUUCCAGAACCAGCGCAUGUGGGUAAUGAUCGCCAGCUGCAUCAUUCCCUUUAUCGGCCUCCUGGUGAUGUCGCUCCUCCCAAACACACCCGAGUACAAGUGGAUUAAGUGGGGGAUGUACAUCAUGACAGUUGUCUUUUCUCUCGCUAUUUUUCUAGGUUGGAGCUUGAGUACGUACUCCAUUUUCCCUACCCGUAUGUUAUAC